AUGGCUACCACAUUGGCUCUAGGCCAAGGUACCCGAGUCGGGUUCUAUAGCAAGUCGUGCCCUCGAGCUGAAUCCAUAGUACAGUCGACGGUUGAAGCCCAUUUCCAAACCGAUGCCACGGUUGCACCGGGGUUGCUUAGAAUGCACUUCCAUGACUGCUUUGUCCAAGGCUGUGAUGCUUCAAUCCUCAUCGAUGGCCCUUCCACCGAGAAAACGGCUGCUUCGAAUCUUUUUCUCAGAGGAGGAGAUGUCAUUGACGAUGCAAAGAAGCAGCUUGAAGCUGCGUGCCCCGGAGUUGUAUCGUGUGCUGAUAUUCUAGCCCUUGCUGCUCGUGAUGCUGUAGUUCUGAGCAAUGGAGCGAGCUGGGCGGUGCCUACAGGGCGGAGAGAUGGUCGGGUUUCAUUGGCAUCUGAAGCAAACAAUUUGCCUGGUUUCAGAGACUCCGUUGAUGUCCAAAAGGACAAAUUUGCUGCAAAAGGUCUUAACACUCAAGAUCUCGUCACGCUUGUUGGAGGAGGACACACCAUUGGAACUACAGCUUGCCAGUUCUUCAGAUACAGAAUAUAUAACACAUCCACUGCUAGUGUUGACUCUUCCAUCGACUCGGCAUUCCUCCCUACUCUCCGAUCACUCUGUCCACAAAACGGUAAUGGCACGAAGCGCGUGGGACUAGACAACGGUAGCGAAAAGGAGUUUGACUCGUCAUUCUUUACGAAUUUGAGGAAUGGCAAGGGAAUACUGGAGUCUGAUCAGAAUUUAUGGACUGAUGCUUCUACAAAGACCUUUGUCCAGCGAUUCUCCGGCGUUAGAGGAUUGCCAGGUUUGAGCUUCAAUGUCGAGUUUGGCAAGUCCAUGUUGAAGAUGAGUAACAUCGGUGUAAAGACCGGCAGUGAAGGUGAGAUUCGCAAAGUGUGCAGUAAAAUUAAUUAACUAAUAAUGACAAAUUAAUUAACUAAUAAUGAUAAUUUUAUUCCCUCCUAGGGCUACGUAACCCCGAGUGUCUGAGUCGUGUCCAACUACUAGAGACUCUAGAGGUAAAAUAGAAGUGGCUGCAAAAGUGACUUGUAAAUUGUAUUAAUUAAUUAUUA